AUGGCGCAAAUGAGCCCAGACGCGGCUCCCUCCCGCCACGCUCUGGCCGCCGACCCGCUGCCGGCGCUCCGCCGGCUCCGGGCCGCCGCGCCGCGCGUCUUCGGGCAGCUCCACGCGCUGCUCCUCACCUCCGGCCUCGCGCUCCACUCCCCCAACUUCGCCCUCCUCCUCCGCCUCGCCUCCUCCUCCGUCCCCUCCCUCUCCCGCCGCCUCCAGCUCCUCCUCUGCUCCCCGCUGCCGCCCACCUCUUUCCUCGCCAACUCCCUCCUCCUCGCGCACCUCCCUUCCGCGCUCCCCCUCUACUCCCUCCUCUUCCUCGCCUCUCCCCCGCUCCUCCGCCCCAACGAGUUCACCUAUCCGGCCCUCCUCCGCGCCUCCCCGCCCCGCACCGCGCUCGCGCUCGCCACCCAUUCGCUUAAAUUCCUCGGCGCCGGGGCCGCCUCCCGCGACCGCGUCCUCGGCGCCGCGCUGCUCGACGCCUUCGCCCGCUGCGGUAGGAUCGCGUCCUGCCGCCGGGUGUUCGACAGGAUCGUCCAGCCGGACCUGCCGGCCUGGAACGCGCUGCUCACCACCUAUGCGCGCCGGGUCAGGGAUUCGUCGUGCGCUGGCGAGGCGGCGGAGAUUCUUGAGCUGUUUGCGCGCAUGGUCUCAUCGACGGUCCCGCCAAACGAGAUCACGCUCGUCACCGUCGUCGGCGCAUGCGGGGAGCUCGGCGCUCUCGGGCAUGGCCUGUGGGCGCACGCGUAUGCUCUAAGGCACAGGCUGGCCGUGAACUGUUACGUGGCCACAGCGCUUGUAGAGAUGUACACCAGGUGCGGGAAAAUGGACCUGGCCGAGCAGGUGUUCGCUGGCGUUACGGACAUGGACACGCGCUGCUACAAUGCCAUGCUCCAGGGCUUGGCAUUCCAUGGGCAUGGCCGAGCUGCCCUCACCUUGUUUGACAGGAUGUGUGCCGAGGGCUACCCGAUUGAUAGCGUCACGGUGCUGGCGGUGAUGUGCGCGUGCGCCCAUGCUGGGUUGGUGGAUGAAGGGCGGUGGCUCUUCGAUAGAAUGGAGAUUCAGUUUGGGGUCACACCGAGGAUCGAGCAUUAUGGAUGCAUGGUUGACAUACUGGGCCGAGCUGGUCAGCUUGAUGUUGCCAAGAAGCUUAUCCGAGGGAUGGACAUUCCGCCGAACGCCGCAAUGUACAGGUCUUUGAUACGGGCAUGUGGGAUUCAUGGCAAGCUAGAACUUGGGGAGAGGACGAUCAAAGAGCUGAUGAGGCUCGAGCCAGAGCACAGUGGAAACUAUGUCCUGCUGUCCAACUUCUACGUGAGAAUGAGACUAUGGGAGGACGCAAAGAAGGCGAGGAAGGAGAUGAAGGCCAUGGGCAUUGACAAGAGCCCUGGGUCAAGCCUCCUUGACAUCGACGGUGUUCUCCAUGAGUUCUUGAUUGGUGACAAGACACACCCUGCCUCAAGGGAGAUGUACGCCAUGGUUCAAGAGAUCGAGGCCAGAUUGAAGGAAAGCGGGCACCGGCCGAGCACCACGGCUGUGAUGUUCAACGUCGAGGAGGAGGACAAGGCAGAUGCUCUGUCCUACCAUAGCGAGAGGCUCGCCAUUGCCUUCGCCCUGAUCGCCUCCUCUCCGGGUGCGCCCAUCAGGAUCAUCAAGAACCUCCGGGUGUGCAGUGAUUGUCACGAGAGCACGAAGCUCGUCUCCCAGGUGUAUGGAAGGGAGAUCAUCAUGAGGGACCGCACCCGGUUCCAUCACUUCAGAGAUGGCCAUUGCUCAUGUGGAGAUUUCUGGUGA